AUGAAGGCAAGAGAGCCAUUGUUUGCUGUCAGAAGAGAUAUAUCCACCCAGUUUCCGGCAGAGAUACCCAUGGUCUUUUUGCCUGUGGUGCAAAAGGAUGAGGUCAUAUUGAAAGAUGAAAUUGGCAGAGGUUCCUUCGGUACAGUCUAGAAAGGACUGCGGGGUGGAAGGGACGUUGCAGUAAAGCAUAUUAAGGUCAGAAAUGCAAAGCGUCUCCAAGAAAGUGUGGAAUCUGAGAUAAAAGUGCAUGGCCUAGUCCGCCAUCCAAACAUUGUCCAAAUUAUAGCAAUUCCAGUUUUGAAAAAUGCAAUCUACCUUUUGUCAGAAUUGAUCAAAGGACCCAAUUUAGACGACCUUCUCUUCAGCGACGAUAAAAUCAACACCCAUUUCACCAUCCAAAGUUGUACUAAGUUCCACUUGGGCAAACACAUCUACCAGGCUGUUGCGUACUUACAUAAUUUGAAGCCCCCUGUGGUUCACAGAGACAUAAAACCUGCCACUAUAUUAGUAGAUGAGGGAACACAGGUCAUUAAACUCUGUGAAAUGGGACUGAGGAGAUUUCAAUCUGCUCAGUCCAUUAGUCGUACAACCAGCAUGGGCAUACCUAGCACUCCCUCCUAUAUGUCUCUAGAGUGCCUGCUGGAGAGAAGGAAGGCCACUAAUAACUCCGAUGUAUGGUCCUUGCCAGUUACAUCAUUAGAGCCGCUCACAGAA